AUGGCAUACAUCGGCACCAAGCCUAAUGCGACAGCUACCAACGGACCAGUCGCACUCUUCAUUCACGGUAACCCAACCUCGUCAUACCUCUGGCGCAAUAUCAUUCCACACGUAUCGCCUCUAAUGCGCUGUGUAGCCCCUGAUCUCAUCGGCAUGGGACACUCGUCCAAACCCGCGAACUUGCAAUACCGCUUUACAGAUCAUUAUACCUUCUUGGCGACAUUCAUCGAGACUGUCAUUCCAUCUAGUCCAUUACUGUUGGUCGUAUACGACUGGGGCUCUGCUCUGGGCUUGCAUUGGGCGCAUCAACAAGCCGAGCUCUCCAACCCUGAUUCUCCACCGCGAGUUCUAGGCAUCGCUCUCAUGGAGUUCAUCCGCCUCUUUCGCGAUUGGGAGGACUUCUCCAACCGAGAGGAAGUUCGAGCGACAUUUCAAGCGUACCGUAACCCUGAGGUUGGACGCAAGCUCAUCAUCGAGCAAAAGUCUUUCGUGGAGAAGACACUCCCCCGUGGCGUGGUUCGCAAGAUGACAGACGCCGAGAUGGGUGUUUAUCGGCGACCUUUCCUGAAGCCAGAUGAUCGAUUACCGACAUAUGUCUGGCCGAAUCAGAUUCCGAUCAAUCAUCGGCCGUCUGAUGUUUACGAUAUUGCUACGAGGUACCACAAUUGGCUGCUGACCACAGAGGUGCCGAAGCUGUUCUUCUGGGCGACUCCUGGCACGCUUGUGAGUGUUGAGAAGGCACAGUGGUAUGCGAAGACUCUGAAGAAUACUCGGACUAUUCAUCUUGGGAAGGGUGGACACUUUCUCACUGAGGAUCAUCCCAAGAAAGUCGGGAGGAACGUUCAUGAUUGGGUCGUUGAGGUUUUGUUGGCAAAGGCAAUCUAA